CUUGUGGUUGCUAUGCAUCUCACUUCCUGUUUUCCAUGGUGACUGGUGAAUGCCUGGUGCUGGGAUUCUCGUAACCUAGUUUCCUUGCAUGUGAGAGCUGUUUACAUUUCUUUGUGUUUAAUCUCUCUGUUUCUGUACUAGCCUCACAUUAAACUCAAUGUGUGUGAGCGCGUGCGUGUGUGUGCGUGCGUGUGUGUGUGCGUGUGUAUGUGUGUGUUCCUAAUAACAAUGCAAAUGCAGCAGAGAGCUGGUCUUGAUAACUUUUCAGCACAGAAACAUGAUUUUUUUUUUUUAACCUUCAGAUGUCCACCAAGCAGCCAUGGGCUAGGAAAGCUUAAAAAAAGAAAAGUCCAGAGAUGCAAAAUUGAGUAGAAAUUAUUUAGAAAGAAUCAUUUCCAAAGUGGUCAUGAAAUUACCUUUUUAAAAAAUUUAGAAAUUAUUUUAACUCAUGCUUUUGAUGUAUUUUUAAGAAGACUUAUAAAAAAUACGUCUUUUUCAUGCAUGUCUCUUCCCGCAGAGUAUUUUCAGCCAGAUUUCUUCCACAUUGCUUACUACUGUUUUUUAAGUGAAUGGCGCUCUUAUUAAAAGAGAAAUCUGAGCAGUGGCCUUUAAAAAAAAAAGAUAGAUCUUAGAGAUGGGAAAACUCUUGAUCAAACCCAUUUGCAGUUUCAUUUGUACUUGAGUUUGCUUAAAUUUUUUUUUACUUGUACCUCAUUUUUCAGUCUCAAAAUAUAUUUUAUAGGAAAAAUGGGGGCAUUGAUAAUUUUUUAUAUACAACUUCUUUCUACUUUUUCCCUUUAUAAAAUUUAUAAUAAAACAUACCUGACUUUUAUUUUUCUGUAAUGCCCUAUUUUAGAAAUGCAAAGAGAUUAUAGUUUGCAAGGAGGAGCUUUCAUUUAUAAUAAAAAUUGAUUUUGGGACAUAUUGAUGGCUUUCCCAUGUGCCUUUUUCGGUUCUGUUCUGAUAUUUUUCUAUACAGUAAUUAAAUUUGUGGUUUUGUUCUGAACUAAAAAACAGUGUAGUCUCACAACACUUGAGUGGUGAGCACUGGGACUCUUCCCAAAGUCCUUCGACUUUUUUUUAUGCAAACAAGGCUGGCUGUGGAAUAGGACAAGUGAUUAGGAAGGAGCAUUUGGUGUGCCCUCUGCAGUGGGCAGCAUGCUGGCUCGCUCGCACGUGUGGCUGAUGGUGGCUGGCUUUUAGCUGCACUGGCUGAGCAGUUGGAAGACUAAGAUAACUUUGUAGAUCCUGCUUUUUAACCAAAGGUGCAAUACUCUCUAUAUGGAUGUAACUACCCCAGUUUUUGCUCAAGUUCUGACUCUGUUUCUAGUUUCUCUGAGCUAAUGAAUUAAUGAUGUACAAAGAAGUUUACAGAUAACAAUGUUGUUUCCAUCUGUGAUGAUAUGAAUUGCUCUAUUUCUGCACUGUCUGUGUGGUUCCUGUGGACUCACCAGGGCACACAGCCUUAGACUGAAAGCCCUAUAAGUGAUGAAUAAAGCUCUUCUGUUCAGAAGGGAUUCCCAUGUGAUAUAGGAAGCACUCUUUUUCUCACUUGGUGAAUUUUAGAGUUUUCUUCCAUAGAAACAAUUUUUCUGUUGCUUUAUACAUGUACAUAUGUAAAAAUACACAGCGGUAUUUAUGUUUGUUUCUAAAAAAAUUAACAAUAAUAAAAAAGAAACAUUCCCCUGACUUUCAGCCCUGGGCCACUCUCUUUUGGGGCAGGCACAAGGAAGAGACGGAAACAGAAGCAGUAGGAUAGCAACUGGCUCAGCAUUUAAGCUCCAAGAACCACCUCCGUCUUCUUGUAGUUUCUUCCGUUCUUUCCUACCAUAUUGUUCUUGGAAAAAUGGAGUCCUUUGUUUUUCCAUCUGCUAAUACCAACUGAGUGUUCCAGGCAUGGUGCUCACUGUGAUGGGCAGUUAACAGCCAAUAUCCUGUUCAGGGAGUUGGCCAUGUAAAUGGGAAUGUAAACUAGAGGAGCACUUUGGGUAAUAGCGGGAGCAGCCAAAAUGAAAUGUGGGGUGCAUCCCGGGGAUGAGCUUCGUGGAGAGUAUACUGUUAAGUUUGGCAAUUGAAAGAGGAGAGGCAGCCUAAUGCGUGCUCCCUCAUUUAAGCUCACUAUGAAGUGACUUACAGUAUUCUGCUUUUGGGGCAUGAUAUUGAGGAAACUGGGGCUGAGAGAGUAUAAUUGACUAGUCACAGAGCCUUCCUAGUAAGUGGUGAAGCCAGGAUUUGAACUCAGAUCUUUUUGCACCCUAAACGAAUCAUUGUUUUAGAUAAAAUUUUAUCUAGUGAAGGUGGGAGAAUGUUUUCAAGCAGAGGGCUUCACGCCAGCACACUGUACCUAAACUGUCACCCCUCACAGUCUUUGGGGCUGGGCAUUCAGCCUUUGCUACCAGCCCUUCACUUGGCAUCCACAUUUUAACUUUGAGCCCUUGGUCAAAAUGUGGACUUAAUUUGGGUUGGUGCUGUGAGGGUCAUCAGUAACUGGGGGGAUGACAUGGUCCUGGAGACAGAGCUGCUUGGCACCACUCUGAGGGCAUUAGGACAGUCGCAGAGAGUGAGGCUGUCUGUCACCUGCUUGCAGGAGUUGGUGCUGCUUUCUUUCACUCCCUCCAUGAGCAUUUUAUCUCAAAGGCAGUAUACUUAACCUUCCUAACCAGCCGUUACCAGGAUAUGGGCUCAACUCUGUUGAUGUCCCAGCUCCAUCCAUACCCCCUUGUUCAGCUCUGGAAUCUAAUAGCACAUUUGUGAGGAGGCAGGGACAAGCAUCUUUACCGAGGUCAUCAUGGGGUCAGGCUGAUAGCCGUGGUCUUCUUGGCCUCCCACACUAGCUAGUGAGAUAAACUCGCUACAGAUAACUGAGGUCAUCCCAAAAGACAACAAGGAUAGCUUCUGGGUGGGUGGGGAGCAGAGGGGAGUGGCAGGAAGUAUCCAAGCUUAAAAGAGACACUGUGCUUUGCCUGGGAAGAUGUAGGAAGGCCUCCUGGAGCGGGUGGCUGGUGGCUGACCAUCCCAGUAACUAUCCUUGCAGACACUGCCCUAGCCAGGUUGAUUACCACUUCUCCACAAACUCAGACAUCGAAGGGGUAGACAAAGGUCUAUGGUCCUCAUGUGAAGACCGAAACCAGACUUGCAUUUGUCUGUCCCUCUGUGGAGUUGGAAAAGUGGCUUACCCGCAAUGGAGGCCACUGCCAGGUGUGUCUUCCUGGUGAGCCUUCUUGCUUAUAAGCUUCUCUUUACUUUCCAGGGAAGGGUGUGGCAGAGUUCUUUGGGCUGGUGUUUUCCAGCCUUUUUAAAGUAGCAAAACUCAUGUUUUGAAUUGAAGCUUACUCCCUCAAAUCCUUAGUAAUGGCCUCUUAGGCUAUUCCAUUGAAUCAGGUUUGAAAAACCCCGUUUUAGGCAGAAGGAAAAGGAGGUGUCUACCUCUUAUGCUGUCCCUUCCAGCCCUUACAGAGAGCUCCUGUGUCCCAUUUAAAGCCCAUGUUUUUAAAUUCAGUAGUUUUGAAGUUCUGCCAUCUUCCUAGGAAGAAAACAGACUCCAGGAGAGAGUGGUCAUUUUGAUGUCACAUUGAUAGAUGAGUCAUCCUAGCUACAAAAGUUAUUCUCCUGAAAAUCCGUUAGAAUAAAUUCUAAAGGUCAGCUUUAUGCUUCUACUAAUUGGCAGUUGUUCUCAAUGUGCUUGUUUGUGGACUAGAUCACCCCCAAAUUGUGUAGACUUAAAUUUUAGUAAAGAAAAAAAUUGUUCUAGUGAAAGUCUAAGAUUUCUACGUAGAUUUGAACUUGAAAAGCAUAGGAAUGAUUACUGAAUUCAGUCCAGUGGUUUUCAUUGAGAACCUAAGUGUGUUCUAGGUCCUUUUGUAGACGUUAGGCACAUAGAAUUGAAUCCAGAGUUUGUGUUCUUGAGGAACAUUGAACUUUUCUGUUAUUUUUCCAGUAGAUAUCCACAGCUAGGGGGCUCUGCAGUAGAAAUUAAACAGGAUAGUGCAGAGGCUGCCCAAGUGAAAAGAAUGAUUCAUUCUGGGAGUGAGGGAAUUAAAGCUUCAUGGAGAAGUGUCAUUAGAACUAAACAUAGUUGAAGGCAGAGAAUUUCCAUAAAGUUGGGACUAUCUGGGGGACCAUGAAGAGCAUCAUGUAAUUGGGGACAUGCGGUGGGAGGUAAGACUGGAGGAGCCUAAGGGAAGGGCCCUCGAUUAUCCCACUGAGGAGAAGGGAUUCAUCUGUGGGCCUAGGGGCGUACACGGGGUUCAUUCAAAUUUACCCUCUGGAAAGACCUCGCCAGCCAGGUUUUGCAGGAUAGCUAAUAAGAGGGAGGCCAAGCUGGAGUCAGGGAGGCUAAUUCCUGGGCUGCUUUAAGAGUGGGGAAGAGAGUCACAGGCUGGGACCAGGGGCCAACCCACACCCCCUGGGGCUGCUCCGUGGCACUUAGCACUCAUCCUUGGCUGGCUCCCCGCUUUGGUGCUCUCUGCCUGCUCUGUAGUCUUUCCUACUCAUUGUGUUUAAAGAAUAAAUUAUAAGUUCUGUCCUUAUGAAGUCUGAAAAGUGUUGUGUGCCAGAACUUUUCAGAAAGAUUUUCAAUAGCAGCAUUUAAAAAUCAACUUAUUAAAAUUGGGUUCUCUUAAAGUAAUGGUAAUUGACUAGGAGUGUGCAUCAAAAUUAUGAAGUUUUUGUUGCAAAAUUUAAACAGUACAGAAAAUAUAUUAAACAUUUAUGUUUAUACUAUCUGGAAUUGAUCAUUUUCAUUAUAUAAGUUUUUUUUAAUGAAAAAUCAAGUGGCAAACAUUAUUCUGUACUUUUUCCUCUACCCACCCUCCGUCUGCAACCAAAAUUAAUCUUCCUUUCUUUCCUACCACCCACAAUGUAUUUUCUUGCCACUUACUUCCCUUAGAAAAUCAAAUCCAGUGAAAACUCUCUCUUCUCAUUUUGCUCCUAGAUUUUUGCCCAUUGUCUUUUUCUUUUUUUUUUUUUGAGACAGAGUCUUGCUUUGUCGCCCGGGCGAGAGUGCAGUGGCGCCAUCUCGGCUCAUUGCAACCUCCGCCUCCCGGGUUCAAGCGAUUCUCCUUGCCUCAGCCUCCCAAGUAGCUGGGAUUACAGGCGCUCAUCACGACACUCAGCUAAUUUUUGUAUUUUUAAUAGAGACGGGGUUUCACCAUGUUGGCCAGGCUGGUCUCGAACUCCUGACCUCAAGUGAUCCGCCUGCCUCAGCCUCCCAAAGUGCUGGGAUUACAGACAUGAGCCACCACGCCCAGCCGAUUUUUGCCCAAUUAUCUACCAUGAAUUUGUGCAAUAGCCAUUGGCACCAACAUGAGACUUUUCCUCUGGAAUUUUUAGCAGCUUAAGAUAGACUUGGCCAACAAUUUGGUGACCUUGGAUACAGACCAUGACUGCAGAGGAGAGAUACGAGGUUCAGGACAUAUAGGGGAUGGUUGAACUAGAAAGGGAAUAAUGCGAGGAGACAGUGAACCAGGAGCAGAGAAGCUGGGAGAGUAGAGACAAAGCGUCAGUAGAUUGAAGCUGAGAUUCAAGAGCUCGGUAAGAUGGAAAAAAGAAAAAAAAAAAAAGGCAUUUGUGGCCAGAGCACAGUGAUUUUGGAAAUUAAAUUUAUACAUUCAGAGUUGUGGGGAUUUUCUCCCCCGCCCGCCCCGGGGUUGGGGCAUUUUCAAAAUAUCUAGGACAAGGCUGGGCACGGUGGCUCACGCCUGUAAUCCUAGCACUUUGGGAGGCCGAGAUGGGCAGAUUGCCUGAGCUCAGGAGUUAGAGACCAGCCUGGGCAACACGGUGAAACCCCGUCUCUACUAAAAUACAAAAAACUAGCCAGGUAUGGCAGUGUGCACCGGCAGUUAUAGCUACUUGGGAGGCUGGGGCAGGAGGGUUGCUUGAACUUGGGAGGUGGAGGUUGCAGUGAGCCGAGAUUGUACUGCUGUACCCCAGCCUGGGCGACAGAGCGAGACUCUGUCUCCAAAAAAAAGAAAAAGAAAAAAUGUCUAGGACAGAAGCUAGAGUACAAACGGCAGGCCUAGAAGAGAGCUUAGCUUUGAAGGAGUUGUUUCUUAGUGAUGGGAGUGCUAUGUGUUUGUCUCCUACUCAGACAAAACCCUUUUGACCCACUGCUCUCAAGGGGGUAGGUUUUAGAGAUGACCCACAGCCUGUAGCUGGGCCUGAGUCUACUUCUAAAGUAGAAGAUGAAUCCAUGCAGUUGCAGUGUGAAAGAGGCUUCUAGGCCUAUGGAAUAUCCAUUUAAGAAUCCAGAGGAUGCUGAGUUAGAGGUCUCCCUUGGACCUUGUGUCACCAGCUGCAGCGACAGCAGUGUCACCAACACCAGCUUUACCUGUUGUCUUCCAUCUCACCCUUUCCCUUAGUUUAGCCCCUAUUGGCGUCUCCAGUGGAGUAGUGAGAAGCAGCAGCAUGUCUGAGGAUUAGCUCACAGCCUUAGAAAUUAUUCUCUACUUCGAAUUGUUUCACUCACCAUUAAUUCAUGAAAAAGUCAUUAACUGUUUUUUUAAGCUCUAGGGAUUUAUUAUCCCAGCAUGUAGAAAGAAUGCAGAAGCAUUCUCCAUGUGUUAAGCAGUCUUUUUCCUACUCAGAGUUUCUUUGUAGAGUUCCAUGCGGGAGUCUCUUUCCCUGUAUGUUCAGUUGCCCUAAGAAGUUGUUCAGACCCUGCUCAGAGUCCUUCUUUCCCCAUUAGCAGCAAAAAGGCAGUCCUUUCUUGCUGUUUUCAGAAGCUUAUGGUAGCCACAGCCAAGGCCUGGGAAGCACCACCACACUGUGGGCCAUCUCCAUCUUCCCAUGAAGAUGGGCCAAGCCACCUCUGGUUCACUUCUCGAGUGUGUUUAGGUGAGUGUAUGACUCGGGACAAAACUAAGAGGAAAGGAAGUCUUCGCCGUGCCCUCCGCUCAGCAGGAAUACAUCUUAGGCAGUAGAUGUAUUCACGUCAGGCUCUGGAUGUGUAUUGAAGAAAAACCUAUACUUGCUGAUAUUGCAUCAUCCCAGUAGAGCAGAAAAAGACCUGAGCCCCUCUGAUUAUGUCCAGUCGCCGGUGACUAAUUUAUGAGCUACAUGUGCUCCCCCGGGGCCAUUUUCUUGUUCUCGCCCUGGUGGCCUUUAUGAUUUGAUUUCUGAACAGGCCAUUCUUUCCAAUCUGCUGUUCCUUCCAAUAAGCAGAGAGCUUAAAGUUCAAAUUGUUGAUUUAAUUCUUUUGAGUUCAAGAACUUCACUGGGGCAUUGCUAAAGUCCACACUGCUGAAUCAUGUUUGUAUCAUCACUGAUUCCAUCCAGGAAUGGGCCUGUCCACAGGGAAGGUAGACGUACUUCACUUCACUCUGUGGUGCCCCGUGAAGCCCCCUGAGCCACUCUACUCCUUCAGGACUUGGCUGUUAGCAGUGCAGGAGGCAAGGAAAGCCUGAGCAACAACCUCCUUUGUCUGUGUCCACACCAAGACGCUUGGCCUUGUCACGGGAUUUGGGAAGUGAUAUAAUCUUUCCUGGCAUUUCCCAAUCUUCAGGGGGAGUUCUUUUGCAUUUAUGACAUAUACCCUUUCUCCUCAAAGAUAUUUUUAUUACCUUGUUUUUAAUUUAACUGAACGAAAACUAAGAUUGGAGACAAUUUCUCAGGCUUCAGUUGGAACCACUUGCCAACAGUGUGGUGAUGGAGAAAUUAAUGAUGGGAGCCAGGGCACUGAAUAUGUAGAUAAAGAUAAUUCUGUGUGAACUGAGCCAGGUCUGGAUUUUCUUUAUAAGGGCAACAGAAACAGUCUCAUCAUUCUACAUUUUUAUCUCUUCAUAGAGAAAUCCCAUUGUUAAUUGGCCUCCAACUUAGAUAAUGCCCUAGAAUGACAUCGAUCCGAAAGGUUAUCUAGUGAGGACAAGGGCUCCUGAGUAUUUCAGGUCCCGAGCAGAAUCCAGCUUGGAAAGCCAGUCCAUCACCUGGGCCCCGUAGACUGCAAGCUCACCCAGGGCCAAGGCUGUAAGCACCAUACUAAGUACUUGAAGCAGUCCUGAACAAAAGUGUUUUUAUCUUUGAUUUAUAAAUUAGGACACAGAGGCGUGGAAUGGCUAACUGGCUUGCUUAGAGUCACAAGUCUGAAGUUAAUCCAGGGAUAUCUGGUGCCACAAGCCAAGCUCUUUGCAGGAUGUUCUUCUGCCUUCCCAAAGAGUACUGGUCCAGGAUGAGGUUCAUUUUCCUGACUUGGAAUGCUUUGCAUUGUCUCCCUCCGCUGAGCCCUCUUCAUUGUGUCUUUAUGUUUGAAAGAAACAGAAGAAGGACUCACUCUGGAGCUUAACUUGAGCCUGGAGCCAGUUUAGGUUCCUCUGGCCCCUUGCUGUCACCUCUUAGAGAAAAGGGGGCUGAGGUCAGAAGGGUGCCUUCUCCCAGACACCUGGAUCCGGCAGGAAGCUGUCGUAAAUCCCAGGCUUCCUGAGACAGAGUCAUGAGGCACACCUAUGAGUUUGCUCGUCUGUAGUCCUCAUCUACAAUCCUUUAUGAUGUGAAGCCCCACAUCAGAGUUAAAGGAAACGAUGUUGACAAUUAUAAAAUACCAAAUAUAGCUGAGUAUAUUUAAAAAUGAACAAUGGUAAAAGCCUUGAAAAUUUUUCCGUGGAUGUGAAUGGAGUCUUUGGCAUUUGGAAAUACAAUAAAAUGAAUUAAUUGCUGCUUAUUAGGCAGCGAGUCAGGAGAAGCAUGAAUGUGCCUUCUGUCCUCUGCGUUAGCUGUUACCUGACUGAAGUAGUCUCCUUUUGUAUUUACUCCUGCCUUUUCUAAUGAUAAGCAAAUUAGAGAUCAUAGCUAGAAAAAAAAUCAAGUGCCCUCCAUCCUUUUUCCAAAACCAUAAUAUAGUUCUGUGAUGUUUAUCUGCUCAAGGGGUAUGGCUAAUAAUUGCAGAGGUCAUGUGAAGCCACAUAGUGCAAGAUUAGAAAGAACAUCUGCAAGAUUACUUCUUAGGAAAGUAUUUUGUGUUUUGUCUUUUUCUGAAAAAGUGAUUUUGCAAGCAAAUUGCUGUCUUUCCUCCCUUGCACUAUAUUGCUGGUUAAAGCAUAUUUGAAGAAAAACCAUUUAAUAACUAUCAAGAGGUUUUGAAUCCAUGAUCGUUUUUUUACUUUACUAUUUUUUCUGAUGUAUUUGAUGGACUUCUAUAUGAAUAAAUUACAUUGGAAUCCUAUCUUUAAAUUCUGAAAUCAUGGCCCAUGAAUAAACUGUUUGGAAUAUAUUGAUUAUGCUGUUCAUUAAAAUUCCAUAUAUGGCAGCUAUCAUAUAUUGUAUAUGCAAGCAUGUAACCUUUUUAUGUUAUCUUUAAAAUUUGUUCAUGGUAAUACCUACAGAAUAUGAGAUAAUUGAUUUUGCAGAAUAAUCAAAAGCUGAGAAGCAGAAGGAAGAGAAGGGAACAAGACUCCUCUGAUAUCCAGACUGAUCCGUGAGAUGUCCUUGAGUUUUAAGAGUACACCACUCCAGCCAUGUGCAUUUGUGAUAUUGCUGUCCUCCUGUCAUGUAUAUUACAUGUAGAUAUUUUCCAAACAUUGUGUCCAUUUCAACCAUAAAAAGGAGGCAAUCAACAGAACAGAGAGCUAUAGCAGCAGUAGCCUUGCUCUCCUUCAUGAAAUAUGAAAGCCUGUUUUUACUUAGAACAAUAACAAUUUGUAAGGCUUCAGGCUGAGGAGUUUAUGCAUGACACAGCCUGCUGGACCACGUAGCAGAGGCAGCGAGACCAUUGAGUGUGGUGUGAUGGAAAUUGGAUAAUGAUAAAAGUAGGGUAGAUGAUGAGACAGGCAUCCCGAGUCUCAGGUCAGUUGGACCGUUUGUUCUUAGAACCCAUCCUCUUUCCCAUCAAAAGUCCAUAGACCACCCAUGGUUCCUGCUCCAUGAGUGUUUUCUGCAUUGCAGGUCAUGGGCUUGGGUUGGGGUUCAGUUGGAAAAGGGAGAUUUCCCUUAUCUUUCCCCACUCCCCAAAACAUUUGGCUUUUUAUGUCCUCAUUCUUUGUAAUCUUAGGGAUAGAGGGACGGAAAAUCAGCAAUAAGGAGUCAGUGUGAACUUGUCCAAACAUUUUUCUAGGAUGCAAUUUUCUUAUUCUUGCUCAUAUGCACACGCACGCACACAUACACACUCAGAAUAUUUCCUGUAACCUAAGACUUCACAGAGCAUAAUUCCGUAUUAACCUAACAGUUUUUCAGGAUCAAACAAUGUGCUCACCUUUGUAAAUCUCAUCCACAUCUCAGAAAUGUUGGUGUGAAGACAUCUUAAAAUUAGCAUGGUGUACAAAUGUAGCAUGUGUUUGAAUUUACCUAGCUUCGCUUGUUUGGAUAGAUUAGCCUCCUCCCCUUUAGAGUGAGGAUGAGUAGUGAGGAUAGAGUCGAAUGCUUUAAAGUCUGGGAUAUUAAACCAGAGUGACACAGAGGAGCAGUUCACUCAGUUCUGACACUUAGAGUUAUUUUUUCAAAGCCAGGCAGGUAUCUCUGGGCUGCAAAUGACAAUUGAGAGGUCCUUCCAUUGAAAUCUCUUAGCUUGGCAUUCUUUCAAAUUCCCGUUUCAGGAUAAGUGGGUCUGUAGGCAGACCCUUGGUUCUGAUUUCAAGAUAUCCCUGGUGGUGCUUAUUAUUUCCAGGGUCACAUUAGAUUUUAAACAAAAACAUUUUAAUCCUUUUAAUUUUCAAUAUAUAUUGUAGAUAAAGGGGAGAUGUUAUAAAAAUUAAAUGAGUAGUCAGAGUAGCUCGACCACAAAAGGUAGGAAAUCACUGGUAUAGACAUUUUAGUCCAUUUGCAGAAAAUUGCCUAUUCUCAAAUAGGUAGGUCAAGUGCAGAAAGAACCUCUACUUGAGAUGAAAUUUCCUUUCUACACUUAGCUUUCUAUUAGGACAGCAGACCAGAGCUGCCCAAAUUUUAACAUCCUGCUGUCUUCUCACUAGUAGUUUCCUUGACUAUAUGCAUUAAAAAGUUUCUGUUUAUAAUGGAAUUUACCCUCAUAGCUACAAAUACCUUUAAACCCAGAAGGACAUUAGGCAGUAAUGUGCAACUUUUAAUUUUGUAAAUAAAGAAACUUCGAAGUCGUUAAAUGACUUGAUCCACAUAAUGCAGCUCAUUAAUGUCAGGCAGGGACAGGUUUGAAGCCAGGUCUCCGGACACCCCAGUGGGUACACCUUUUAUAGUCUUGGAGCAAGUUGGUGUCAUAAAAGCAAUUGAUUUGCUCUCCCGCUUUUGAACUCCUGUUUUCAUUUAGGUACCUGGUAGAAUGCUGGGUAAUGAGAGAGUCAAACCUUACUUUAACAGAAGUAAAAGAUCAUGUUCUGAAGCUGUGUGACAUAAACAGCAAAGAUAGGUGCUUUUCUCCUUUUCCACACUGACUGAUUUCCGUUUCAAAAAAGAAUAUCAAACUUGUAUGAAGAUUUCAAAUAAUUUUUAAUAAGCCUAGCAAAUUUCAAGCAACUCAAUAAAGCGGGAUGUGGAGAUGCAGGGAACUCAUUUGGACCUGGACUUAGAAUUCAUGAGUCGCCCCACCCAAGUGUGCACAAACAGAUUCUGUAUUUGGGUAAGCAGAACUGCCUCUGUCUGCAGAAUUUCAAAAACGUGGAACUCUUCGGGUCUGUGAGAGGAUCCACGAUGUUCUUCUGGAAUGGAGCCAAGCCCUCAAGUUCUUUGUAGCUAUUGCUCAGAUGUGUCAGUCAGGCAGGCAAGACGUCUGUGCUGCCAUUUUCCAAUCCCCCUAGCCUGGGCCCCAGAGAAGUUGUAAGGCUUGUUCUGUGCUGAGGAAGGCACCUGUGGUCAUACCUGAGCCAUUACCUCAGUUUCAGAAAUCUGCCUUGAGAGCAUUUAUAACCCCCUUGGUAGAGGUUGAGUGGCUUGGGGGCUGGAGUCCAAAGUGACUGGUCAAAGAGAAACCAAUGGAUUCGUAUUGAUGUCAGGGUGAUGUUGAUGGGGAAUGGAGCUGGUGUGACUAGGGCCAUGGUUUCUGUUCAUGGGCUACCCUCUGAGGGGAUGGACAAGCGAGGAGCAGGUAAAGCCACAGAAUAGCCAACAUUAGAUUGCCUGGCACUGAGGUCUGCAUGUGUGGGCCCAGUUUGUCAGUUUAUCAUAAAAUCCCAUACACUUCAAGAUUUGCCCUUUUUCUGGCAUCCUCAGUAUCUGACAUGUUUCAAAUCUUAAAAAAAAGGUUAGUUGAGGAAGCUAGCUUUAGGUUAGAACAUUUGACAGAUUAGCAAAUGGAGCCCCACGUCGAAGAACUGCCAUCUGAUGAGAAGGAGAUAACAGCAGCAAAAGGAUCAUUCUGAGUCACUCUGGCUGUUCUUUUGAGGUCCAGGAAUCCUGCCAGCUUCUAGGGCCCUUGGAGUGUCACUCGGCCACGGGAGGUGUCAUUACAGAUGUUCAUAAUGACCUUGGGCAUCCAUGAAAAGCUGUUAUUUGAGGCUCCUUAGUUUUUCAGUCACAGCCAGAGUAAUAUAUAAGACAUAAAAAUUAAUGUGGCUGGGCGUGGUGGCUUACGCCUGUAAUCCCAGCACUUUGGGAGGCCAAGGCGGGUGGAUCAUCUGAGGUCGGGAGUUCGAGACCAGCCUGGCCAACAUGGUGAAACCCCAUCUCUACUAAAAAGACAUACAAAAAUUAGCCGGGCAUGGUGGCAUAUGCCUGUAAUCCUAGCUACUCAGGAGGCUGAGGUAGGAGAAGCACUUGAACCUGGGAAGCGGAGGUUGCAAUGAGCUGAGAUCAUGCCACUGCACUCCAGCCUGGGCAACAAGAGUGAAACUCCGUCUCAAAAAAAAAAAAAAUUAAUGGAAGUGUUAGGCUCCGUUUUCUUUUUUCCCCCUCCCCUCCCUUUCCUUUUUUCCUCCCUUCCUCCUUCCCCUUUUCUCCCUCCCACCCUCCCUUUCUUCCUUCCUUUUCUCCUUCAUUCUUUCUUUUUUUUUCUGAUGGAGUCUUGCUCUACUGCCCAGGCUUGAGUGCAGUGGCCUGAUGAACACAGCUCAUUGCAGCCUUGACCUCCCAGGUUCAAACAGUCCUCCCACCUCAGGCUCUUGAGUAGCUGGAACCACAGAAGUGCACCACCACACCUGGCUAAUUUUUUGUGUGUGUGUGUGUGUGGAGACAGGGUCUCUGUAUGUAACCCAGGCUGGUCUUGAACUCCUGGGCCCAAGUAAUCCUCCCACCUCAGCCUCACAAAGUGCUGGGAUUAUAGGUGUGAGCAGCCACACCUGGUCCUUCCCCUUUCCCUUUUUCUUUAUUGGCUCUUUUUCAAAGGUUAAUGUAAGCUUUUUGGAAAUUCACAUUGUCUUCCUGACAGUUAUAGGGCAAAGUAGUAUCUACACCCUGGGAACACCUAGCACAUCUUUCUUAGAAGCCUCUAGCAGUUGUUCAUGAGCUUUGAUUUUUUAAAAACUCCUUUGGCCUUGCUUUUGAUGCCUUGAUGUGUUUUUUUCAUCACCUUUGGUUAUAUCAGUAAGCAUUGAAGCACCCUCUCUGCUGGUACUUGGUGUCUUAGCCUGAAGCUCGCUUUGACGUUCCCUGGAGGUGGAAAGCACUCUUUUUAUUUUGAUGUCGCCAUUUUGUUUUUGCUUUGAUGGUAUUUGGGCCUGGAAUAUAGACCCUCUAUUGGCACCGGGAGCCUUUAUAUGCCUACAAGGCUCAAAGCCCUGCCUGUGCCCACUGGCCCUGUCUCAUACCAGGAGGCUAUUUCUCUGUCUGUCCUGGGGAAGCCACAGAACCAGUGCAAAGGAGUUGGGGGGUAGUUUUUUAUUAUUGCUGUUUUUGGGUGCCCUUCUCAAUCAUUGCCUUUCUAGAUAGCCGUCUGGAUCACCUUUUCUUCCUAAAAUGUGAAAAGGCCCACACCCCUAUGCAUUUUAUUGUUCCCAAGUAUUAUAUGUUUGUGUACAUAUAUACAUAUGUAUAUAUACACAUAUAUAUAUGUUUUUUUUUAACCAAAGAAGAAAAAAAAUCCCUUUUUAUGCAAUCCUUUUAACAAAUUGUUUAUUAUUGUAUCCAGGUAACAAGCAUGGAUCAGACUGCAAAGGAUAAGGCCCUGCAGCACAUGGCGGCCAUGUCCUCAGCCCAGAUCGUCUCGGCCACUGCCAUUCAUAACAAGCUGGGGCUGCCUGGGAUUCCACGCCCGACCUUCCCAGGGGCGCCGGGGUUCUGGCCGGGAAUGAUUCAAACAGGGCAGCCAGGAUCCUCACAAGACGUCAAGCCUUUUGUGCAGCAGGCCUACCCCAUCCAGCCAGCGGUCACAGCCCCCAUUCCAGGGUUUGAGCCUGCAUCGGCCCCAGCUCCCUCAGUCCCUGCCUGGCAAGGUCGCUCCAUUGGCACAACCAAGCUUCGCCUGGUGGAAUUUUCAGCUUUUCUCGAGCAGCAGCGAGACCCAGACUCGUACAACAAACACCUCUUCGUGCACAUUGGGCAUGCCAACCAUUCUUACAGUGACCCAUUGCUUGAAUCAGUGGACAUUCGUCAGAUUUAUGACAAAUUUCCUGAAAAGAAAGGUGGCUUAAAGGAACUGUUUGGAAAGGGCCCUCAAAAUGCCUUCUUCCUCGUAAAAUUCUGGGCUGAUUUAAACUGCAAUAUUCAAGAUGAUGCUGGGGCUUUUUAUGGUGUAACCAGUCAGUACGAGAGUUCUGAAAAUAUGACAGUCACCUGUUCCACCAAAGUUUGCUCCUUUGGGAAGCAAGUAGUAGAAAAAGUAGAGACGGAGUAUGCAAGGUUUGAGAAUGGCCGAUUUGUAUACCGAAUAAACCGCUCCCCAAUGUGUGAAUAUAUGAUCAACUUCAUCCACAAGCUCAAACACUUACCAGAGAAAUAUAUGAUGAACAGUGUUUUGGAAAACUUCACAAUUUUAUUGGUGGUAACAAACAGGGAUACACAAGAAACUCUACUCUGCAUGGCCUGUGUGUUUGAAGUUUCAAAUAGUGAACACGGAGCACAACAUCAUAUUUACAGGCUUGUAAAGGACUGAACAUGGUUAUUUAUAUAUAUAGAUAUCUGUAUAUACACACACACAUAUGUGCACACACACACUCUCUCUCCAUUAUCGAACGACUGACUGUAAACCUCACCACACAGGGUGGUGCCCUGGCCCCGAGGUCACCCCGACUUUUCUAAAUCUUGUUUGAGUGAAGUCAUUUUUUCAUGUGUUCAUACUAUCAUCGUAGCUGUGAAGUUCUGGUACAGUUGUAAAAAGAGAAAUUGAGUUGUUUCUCUGUGUUCUUCAGAUGUGCAGCCCACAAUUCCUCGGGAAAGGUGAACCUGAACAACCCAAGUCUCUCUCUGCAGAGCCCUGUUUCUAAUUGUGGUAGAAAAUAUUGAGACAGAGCAUUUGCCAUGGGACAUUUACAGCCUUUAUACAAAUGUAUUUAGUUCUCUUUUUUCCAACAUAAAAUUCUUGUUUUAAGAUACAAGUAAAAUUAAUCUUUAAAUAUAAAUGUAAAUUAGUACACAAAACUAAGAAUCUUUAGACUUAUCUUUGUAACUAAUUAGGGUGGAAGUUAUGAAAGAAUGUAAUUCACUAAAUUAUUUUUUAAAUGAAACCUUUUUUUUUUCUUUUUGAAACCAAAUGUUAAACUAUAGCCUUAAGAAAUGCUUGGUAGAAGUGUCCUAAUGAGACAAAUUUGUACUUUUUUCCUCAAGGUUAACACUAAUCUCCUAAUCCAUUAAACUCUUGAACAGGUAUUACAAAGGAAGAAAACUUCACCCCUUAUCCUUAACAUAUAUAGUAUAUUUAAAAAAUAUAAAAUUGUAUUGUACUAAUGUGAUGAUGGAUUAUUUAAUGAAAAAGAAAAGAUGGCUCUUUUUGCAAUAAGUAGAUACAUACUGAAAAAAUCUAAACUUACAAUGUUUAUAGUCUUGUGUGUGCAGUUAUAUUUUAUAUGGACGACCAAAUUUUUUAUUAAGAUGAGUAAAUAUUUGAACCACUGAAUUUUAAUAACAAAAUUUUAAAAUUUGGCAUGAAUACUGAAUACUGCACUGUGAGAUGCAAAGUAUACAGAAUCUGUGGCUGGGAGAAAAUUUCAUCAAAUAGACAAGUAAAAGGCUCAUCAGUUUUAGCAUCUCUGCUCCCCAGAAAAUUGUAAGCAUCCUCACCAGCCUGUGGAUACAUUCUUUAUUUCUAGUGACCCAAUAUGCAUAUUAACCUGCUAUAACUAGGGCUAUAUGUGUAGGUAUGUGUAUACAUAUACACAAAUGCACAUAUAGAGUUAACACAUCUAGUGAACACUUGUUUAGUGUCACUCAGUUUGCUAGGUGCUGAUAUGUAUGUAUAUCUCAGUGUGUCUGUAGACUUAGAUACAUCCUCUCGAAGCACAUCCAUUUCUUUAGCCUCUCUCAGUAAGUUACAGUACUUGUUUGACUUAGGUUUAAGAGGCCCAGCUACCUAUCUCUGACCUUUUCAAAUAGGCUCAUUUGGGAGAUUCUUUUGCCAGGAGAGAUUCAACUUUCCAAUCUAAGUAUUCCAGAGCAUUGCCCAGGCAGAGUUGGUUUGAUGUGGCCAGAUGUUUUGAGUUAUUUCCCUUAAGUGUUUCACUGGGGAGAGAACAGGGAGUGCUCCUCCAGCUUCCCAAAGAAAUGUUUUUAUAAGUGGUAGGAACAUGUGCACACAAUAGAACAUGAAAUAAGUUUUUUAACUUGUAAAACAUGUCAAGAUUUUUCCACCAAGCUAGAAAAUAAAAAACUUAGUUCUACCACAUCCAAUUAACUUACACACCCCCUUCCCUGUCUCAACACCUGCUUUGACCCUGCUUUUGUAUUAUUACAUCAGUCAGCAUCUUGUGGUCCCUAACAUGAGGAUGUGGCUGGCUCGUGGGAAACAGCAAAACACUAAGCCUGACCUCUCCCAAAUUGGGAAGACCAGAGGAGAAAGUGCAAAACUGUCCCCAUUUGGAAUGCCCAUUCCUUCUAGAAACCAGUUGGACAGUGCUCCUCUGCCCUUCAUAAACAGACUACUGUUGGGUCCCUGAUUCCAGGCUGGCCUGUGAAGGAUUGCCCCAGGUGUCCCCUUUCACGGUUGUCACAUUUACAAUGACUUCUGUUGAACACCCCUCUUAGGGAUGUUUCUUUUGCUCUUAUUUCCUGCAUCUUUCCUUAAGGGAAGCCCCAUCCUCUCCCAGGACCAGGAGUAUAUGACCAGGCGAGCACAAAUGGCUAAAAGCCAAGCUGUCCUAGAACUUCAGUGGGAGAGCUGUCUGGUUCAUAUUCUACCCAGGAAUGGUACUUUUCAGUGCAGCCAGGAGGGCUCUUGGGAUUUCCUUUCCAAAGCACAAAAAUACUGGGACCCAAGAAGAACAGCUAGAGGACAACUCUGUUGGCACAGAGACGGACACAGCCCAGUCUGCUGACCUCACAGGGUCAGCUGGGCCCCCCUGGUGCUUCACCACCUGCAUCCUCUUGCUCAGAAUGCCUUUGCAGUUGAGUUUUCUGGGUUUCUAUGAUUGACCUUGAGGUUUACUCCUUGCUCUUACAACAUUUCUAAAGAUUUUUAAAAGUUUACUUCUUGUCUUGUUCUUCUAAAGCUUUCUCCAGGACAGAUACUUUCCCUGUCUUAACCACUGGUCCAGUCAUCCCAGUGGGCUUCUCUUUGUCUCUCCCAGAUUAGACCUUUGGGUGAGAUUGGCAUCACAACAUCUAAUCUGAGUCUGUUUUUUGUCCUUCAUUCUGUAUGGCAGUCUCCCUUUGUUAUAAAAGCUUUCUAAAGCAUACUAAAGAAGCCUUCCCAGAGCCCCGUCUUGCUUCUCUUCCAGGUGCUCUAUCCCCUCGAGACCCUCUGGUGCCAGGCUUGCUUCACGGCCAUCUUGUGUUGUCACUGCAGAGUUUGGAGGCCAGUUUUCCACAGCCUAAACAGGGAGGAGCUGCAGAAUGGGGCUCUGGUCUCUGGGCAUUCAUUUCCCUCAUAGAGGCUGAGAAUAAAACAAGGACUUAUUCACACAUGUUCUAGAACCCCAGAAUGGCCCAAGCUACCUGAGACCAGGGUUUCUCAACCUUGACACCAUUGACAUUUUGGACUGGGUAAUUCUUUGUUCUGCAGAGCUGUCCUUUGCACUGUAGGAGACUUACUAAUAUCACUGGCCUCUACCCAGUAGUACCACUAGCACCUAUUCCCCACCCAGCGUGUCUCCAGAUAUUGUCAAAUAUCCCAUCGGGUGCAAAAUGAUCCCUGGUCAAGAUCUGUUGCCCAAGAUGUUACAGGUCACAAUGACCACAUUUGAAAUUGUUUUCCCUUUCAUUUUACCCCGUGAAAGCAUCUCUCCUAGAGCCUUGCAAGAGGCAGGUGACAUUGUGUCCAUAUUUCUUCCUGUUUCAGAACUUCUGUUUCACAACAAUUUCUCUCUCGCUACAAGUAUUCUUUCACUCAGCACUGGGGAAGUUGCGAACAGCUGGUCACCAUCAUCCCUUUAAUCAACUCACACCUGUUUAAAGAGUGUUUCUGAUUUGACCUUCAUCCUUUAGUUUACUGGGGUUAAAAAAAGUCUCAGCAAUUUUCAUUAUUUCUCAUGGGUCUCAUUAUCAAACCUUUACUUAUUUCGGCAUAUUUCCUCUGGGCUUCUUCUAGUUUCUGCCUUACAAUCAAUGCUGUUUUGUAAAUUUAUUGAAACCUCUGGAACAUGUCACCUUUAGAGAUGGAGGAUGGAAGGAUUGGUACCAGAAGAGGGCUAAGAUACAUUUUCUGUCUUGAGCUGAAAGCAUAGUCUACUCUCCUUCGUUUUGUCGAUGAGAAAGUUGAGGCCAGAGGGGAGGUGACAUGUUUAGAGUCACCCAGCUGGUUAGUGACAGAAAAAGGGUGAGAGUUGUCUAGGAUUCCUGCCACUUUGGUCCCUGGCCUCUCCUGGGGGAGGCUGCUGUUCUUAGGUGCUCUAAGCUUAAUCCCUCAGAAUGUGUGGACAGGUCAGCUUAGAAGAGAUGGGGAGAUUCAGGAUCCCCCUGUGCCAGAGCACAGCCUCACCGGAUGCUGCUUCCCACACUGAAGUGUCCUGUCUGACUGUUGCUAUCUGAGGCAUCCACAAGCAGGUAGGAAAGCUGGCGAGCCAUUUUACUUCCUGAGGACAAUUCCCCAGCCACAGGCUCUGAGUCAAAUUUCUAUUUGGUAAGCAUCCCAGCAGCAAAGUCCUGCACUCAGACCAGCCAAAAAACAGCCCCCAUUCCAAGUACUUGGUGUCAAAAGUCCCCGAACGACUUUUAAACCCAAGUCUUCUUAAGGUUUCAGUACUGUGGUGGCUUUAGCAGUUGUUUUUGUGCAACUAUAAAUUAUUUAAAUCAUCUGAGAUGACAGUCAAUUUUACAAACCAGGUACAUAUUAAUUUGUAUAAUUUUGUAUAUGCUCUGGUACACUACCUGAACUAACGAAGGGUAGAACUAAUUCUGUUUGUCAGUGUUCACACCUGUAACAUUAGGAGGAUAUGUCUGCAUUGCUUAUUUCUUUAUGUUGGUGUUUCUGUGGCAAAGCCCUGCACAUGGCAUUUCUGAAAAGCCUUAAAUCUUUAAGAUGUUGCAUGUAGGGUAUGCAGUGCAAAAGGCUGCCUCAGAACUGUGAGCCCUUUUGUAAGCUGGAAGCAUUUCUCUUACUACUGUUACUUUUGUAGGAAGUUUUCAAUUCAGAGCUGCCAAAGUGUUCCCGUAAGCAGUGCCUUAGUAAUACCUUAGUCAUGCCGCCAGCCUUUUCUUACACCAAUUCCUAAUGUUCAUUUACGAAUUGGCCCAAUAUUGGAAACAAAACAAGCAAAAAUUGUCUUCAUUUUUGUUUUGUAAGCCCAUUUUUUCUCCAGUUCUAUAGGAAACUGACUGCUUGGUGUAAAAUCCGAAACUGGACACAAGUCAGUUCUUUCACCACACUCAAAUGUAUAUACCAAAACAAAAGGUUGCAACUUCAUAGUUUACUAUGAAAAGCAAAUUGUACUUUUUAAUGUUGCCUUUUAAAUUCAUGACCAAAUACUUAGCUAUUUGUGAAUCUUCUGCACUCUAGCAUGAAAGUGCCUUUGGUUUGAGAUUCCAGCUUAGAAAAGUGCUGCCAUAAUAACGAUAAUUUGUAGAGAGACCAAAAAUAUUUUGAGAUCACCGUAAUGCCUUUGGUUUACCGGGAUGAGUAACCAACCACAGGCCUCUGUUCACAAGAGCACGACGUGGUCCCCGCCUGCUGCUAGUCUGUCUGCCACUGGGGGCCUCCCAACAUCCAUAGCACACUUCAGCGGAAGGACCCCAGAAACUGUUGUGUUUGUGUGUGCUGAUGACCUAGUGUGUCAUUUCACCUCGUCACCCAGCCCUGCGUCCGGAUGAGGGGACUUCUGCACAAAUGACAGAAUCUCGGCCGGUGGACAGAUACUACAGCUUUCUCCUCCUCCUUGUGUUCGUGUUCAGUCUCUGUGGAGACUUUCUUUUCCAUUCAAAUGACAGUGCGCACUUAUCUGGUUUACACAAUGAUACCAUUUUGAAAGUUGGAAGCCUCAAACUGAGACGACAGUGCAGAACAAAACAAAAGUGAGUUAGGGUCGUUACAAUUGAAGUGUUCUUCUUAGGGCAAACAUGUUGACUCCGAGUAUUGUGUAUGAAUGUGCUACGAGAAACUUCCAAAGAGCACCAUUCACAAUUUGGCAUUUUCAAAGAAUGUUCCAGCCCUCAAAGGGGCAACUCUUUAAAGUCCUUGUUAGCUUUUAUCCAAACCUUGUAGAAAUUGGGAAAGCUGAUAGAGGUAAGGAAGAUGAGUGAAAAGGACAAGAAGGCCAAACACCAGCCAAAAAGAAACCAGGAAAAAAAGAUUUUCUUUGCUAAUAUAGAUGUAAAAAUAACAUCAGACAUCUUUGAAAAUUAGCCUCUACACUCUUAAUACAUAUGUUCUGUGUGUCUCUACCUGGCGUCUUUAAGAAUAUCCUCUCUGGGCUCUGAAAUUUUAGGAGUGAUUCUUAUCCACUCCAAGUUGUAAGUAUUUAUAGAAAUUUGUGCAAACAAACAAAAACUAUCAAAUGAAAAGAAAAUGUACUCAACCUAAGUUAUAGUUAGCAGCUGGAAUUCUCAACUCCUCCCUGCCAGCACUACACCACAGUGUGGAAGAAAUUAGUCAAAUGCUUGUUUUCCUGCUUCUCUUUUCAACUGUUACUGUGCUUUGUUUGACAGUAGUUUUCUCUCUCAAAGCCGUUGCUUAUAUCAUUAAGAAUGAAGGUUUGUGUUUAAAAUUUAUUGCAUUGCAAAGGGUAGUUUCACUGAAGUCAUGCACCAUUAAAUAAGAUGAAAUAUUUGUAUUUAUUGUCCUACUUCCUAAGCCGUAACUUCUUUUCCUCUGUGAAUUUGCAUUGAGUCACUCAUGCUACACUACAUCGCUUUAGUAUUUGAGAUGGCAUUUAUGUUUCCUCUCGUUUAUCAUGAAAUGGGGUCAGAUUCCAUCAGAUUCCACCUCUGUCAGGUGGACUCGUCUACCUUCCAUGAUGAGAUUUUUUUUCUCCUUCCCCUUUCUUUAAGAGAGGCUGACAGAUCUAGGUGUCAAUCAAUUGGAAACCAGUCUCUGAUUUUUUUUCAUUAGUCAUUUUCUAUCGUUAGUUUCACUGUGUAAAUUAGAUAUCAACUGCACUUCUUUAAAAAAAAAAAAUACAUCUCCCUAUUACCUCCUUGAAAGAUUUACUUCUGUAGGCCUUUUUCAAUAGGCUCAUGACUGCAGACAAGGAAAAAAAAAGUAAAAACAAAAACAGUAUGUGCCUGAAAAUGACAAAAAAAAAAAUUUGUAACAUUUAAAAAAGAAACCUGAAUAGCCUUUACUUCUUUAAUAAUACACUUAAAUUUUAUGUAAAUCGGUUUUCGCCACGUGUGUUUGUUCACAUUCUAAAUGACUUAAUGAGAUUCUCACGGUCUGUGUCUUUGUGUCACGUGUAUAAAAUGGGCUUGUGAUGUAAGCGUUUCAUCUGGUCAGUGGUUCCUUUGAUAUUGUACUGCUGCUGGGAGUGGGCUGUGGAACCUGCCUUCGGGUAACUGGGUUCCUCUUGGGUAGAUUGGAGAGAUGGGGGUGGGCGUGGGCAAAUUCUCACACAUGUUUUCUUAACCUAUUUGCAGAAACUUUGAAAAGGCAUUUGAUUAAACCUCUUGGCAGUACAGUAUUCUUGUAUUUGUUAACGUCUGUGUUUAGGUACUGGUACCUUUUUGUUUUAAAAUGUUCUAAGUGUUGGCUUCAAAGUGAAUUUAUCUUUAGUAUGAUAGUUAUAUGAAAAUUAUAGGAUUUGUGUGCAGAGAAUUUUUUUAUAAAGUGCUUUGUAAAAAAAAAAUGUAUUCUAGCUUUUGCGGUACAUAUGUGUGAUAACUUUAAUACCCAUGACAGUUAAGUGCAAUUAUUUCAUCACUCUAAAAAUGCUAUUUUUGUGUCAGUUCCUGCAGGUGUUUUCAUGUCUUUGCAAAGUGACACAUUUUGAUGCCUUCUUGAUAAAGUGGUAGACAUUUUGUAGCUUUCUAGAAACUUUGUAUUCAUACGGUAUCAAUGAAAAAUAAAGAAAAUGAAAGUGUGGGUCA